AUGGCCGAAUCCGAAGCAGACAAGAUCCGCAACAAGCGCCUUGCUAAGCUAGGAGGUGGUUCAGGACCGUCUUCACCAUCACCAUCAUCUUCCAGCGUUGCGCCUCCACCAGCCUCACCUUCGCCCGCCGAACAAGCUACGCCGGCACAGCCAGCAGGCAAUCCCUUUCAACAGUUAGGCAUCAAAUCCGAGGCCAAACCACCUACAAAGAUCAACAUUACUCCCUCGUCUGCUCAGAAGCGCCCCAACGAAGACUCAUCCGAGCCGAGAUCACGUCCACAGGCCUCGGAAUCUCUGGAAACAUGGGAGGACCGCCAGCUCAGCCAGAUAUUCCGUCUGUCGUUGAAGCCCGAAGUCAUACGGGACGGAUCUUCACAGCCUCUGUAUUAUAUAGAGAGCGUGAGAGAAGACUUGCUUGAUCAAAACGAACCACUUCAGCUCAAGACCAGCCUGCUGGACCAGGCUUUGCCUGAAGCUGCCGGCCUGCUGAAGAACACCACACCACUGGACUAUCUGCUAGCAUGUUGGAAACGUAUCUCCAAGGCUUGCCGAAACAUGAGAAGCACGGACGUUGAGAAUCCAAGAUACAAGGUCUUGAUGGAGGCAAGGCGACUCUGCAUGAGCUAUUGCAUCUUUGCCAUCACCAUGCCCGAGAUGUUCGGCUUUGAGUCACCACCGGAGAAUACACUAGCCAAGCACCUUCUCGAAGAGCCCACAAGCGACUCUAGUAUCGAUCACGACUUCCUCAACGAGGCUGUCUCACGCUUCGAAGACGAUGGGUCUAUCAAAGACGCUUUGGUUGGUGCUAUAGAGCAGCUCAGCAGGCAGUUGGCUGUAAUGUCCAUGAACGACAUCAAAUACAAGUCCUAUUUGACCGCCCUGAGAAACCUCAUCCGGUACCCAAAGAUUGUAGAGGCCAUCACUCAAUCGCCUGCCUUCCUGCCUGCUGGGAUUGCAGCGCAGGACAUCGAGAUGGUGACCACACUGGGUCCGUUCUUCCGCCUCUCGCCACUUCAAAAUGGUGUUGCGCAGAGCUUCUUCAUCACACCCAGGUCAAAAGAGAGAGGAUACAUUGUGAACGCUCAACGGUCCCUUCGCAUGACUCUGAACACUCACCAGGAAGAGCUUUUCGACAUCGCCAACAUGAUUGUCAAGUCAGGAAAGGAGCCUCGUGAGAAAUUGCUGGACUGGUUCGCUCAUUGUAUGAACACCAACCACAAACGUCGUGCCAUGAGAGUUGACGAGAAGACGACCUCGUCCGACGGUUUCAUGAUCAAUAUCACAAACUGUCUCGACCGACUCUGUGACCCCUUCAUGGAUGCCACUUUCAGCAAAAUUGACCGCAUCGAUGUCAACUACCUGCGAAGAAAUCCCAGAGUCGACAUCUCGGAUGAAACCAAGAUGAAUGCAGACCAGAAGACAUCCGACGCUUUCUAUGAGCAAAAGAUUGAUGGUACCAAUAACUUUAUCUCCGAAAUAUUCUUCCUCACCGUGGCGGCCCACCACUACGGAACAGAGGCAGCUAGCACCAGAAUGGAGCAGCUCCAGAAGCAAGUCAAGCACAUGGAAAAAGAGCUCGAAAGGUUCGAAGGUGAAAGGCAGAAAUACGCACACGAUCCCAGAUACGCCGCUCGCUUCGAACAGCAUCUGCAGAAGUUCAGAGAUGACGUUGACAGAAUACACAGCAUCAUCCACGCCACUACCGGUGUGUUGCUGGAUGAAGUUUCUCAAGCAAGAUCGAUGCAAUUCAUGAGAUAUGUCAUUGUCUGGCUACUCAGCCUGGCAUCCGGACAGAACCUUCCGAAGGAGCAACUCCGUCUACCUCUCCCAGAAGAACAACCUGACGUCUUCAGGUGUCUUCCCGAGUACUUCCUUGAGGACGUCGUCGAUAACUUCAAGUUCAUCACGCGCAACAUUCCUCAUAUCAUCACUUCCACUCAAUGCGAAGAGCUUGCUACUGUAUGCAUCACAUUCUUGCGUAACACUAGUUAUAUCAAGAACCCAUACAUGAAGGCUGGGCUGGUUACGAUUCUCUUCCACGGCGUGUGGCCUUUCGGAAACUUCACCAAGGGUGUUCUAGGCGACCUUCUAAACGGCUCAACUUUCUGCCACAAGCAUUUGCUGCAUGCACUCAUGCAAUUCUACAUUGAGUGUGAGAGCACGGGAACACAUACAGCUUUCUACGACAAGUUCAAUAUUCGAUACGAGAUCUUCCAAGUCUUCAAGAGCAUCUGGUCAAACCCUGUAUACCGAGAGAGUCUUGGGAAGGAAGCGGAAGUCAACACCGAGUUUUUUAUCCGCUUUGUCAACCUCUUGCUGAACGAUGUGACGUACGUUUUGGAUGAGGUCUUUGGCUCGUUCACCAAGAUCCAUGACUUGCAAGUGGAGUUGAAGGCGCCAGGCGCCGAGAACAUGGAGCAGGCCAUACGACAAGAGAAAGAGGAAGCUUUGACUGAACAGCAAAGCCGAGCCAAGUCGUAUAUGGGCUUGACAAAGGAGACUGUUGCUAUGCUCACGCUGUUCACCGACGCUCUUGCCGGUGCCUUCACCAUGCCGGAGAUUGUGCAGCGUCUGGCAGAUAUGUUGGACUACAAUCUUGACUCGAUGGUAGGUCCCCGAAGACGCAAUCUCAAGGUUGAUCAGCCUGAGCAAUAUGGGUUCAAGCCUCGCGAGUUGCUGUCGGAUCUUGUCGAUGUCUACCUGAACCUGGCAAACCGAGAAAGUUUCCGUCAAGCAAUUGCUCGUGACGGUCGCUCGUACAAGCCUGCCAACUUCGUCCAGGCGAUGAAGUUCAUGGAGGACUUUGCUCUCAAGUCGCCGGAGCAGAUCAAGCGAUUCAACGAGUUGACCGAUGCCGUUGCACUUGUGCACGCUCAGGAAGUCAUGGCCGAAGAAGACCUUGGCGAGAUCCCUGAUGAGCUCCUUGACCCUAUCAUGGGCUCUUUGAUGGAGGACCCUGUUCUGCUACCAAGCAGCAAACAAAUCGUCGACCGCAGCACGAUUCGCUCACAUCUGCUUUCAGAUGCCACCGAUCCAUUCAACCGCGUGCCUCUAGCUAUCGAAGAUGUCUUACCAGCCGAAGACAAGAAAAAGGAGAUCAAGGCAUUUAUUGAGAUGAAGAGGCAGGAGAAGGUCGCCAACAGCGCUGGCGAACCCAUGGAUACAACUACAUGA